UUGUUUUGAAGGAAGUGAGUGAGCAGAGAAAAGAAAAGAGAAACAGGACCGGGCCGGAACACGGAGAUUUACUCAACUCUCUGUCUUAAAACAGGCGCGUUAAUAUAGCAGCACCGUUUGGGGAAUUAUUUAUAAAAGUCAGUCUGAUUUGAUGAACCUGAUAGUUAUAGUGUCAUAGUGGAGCGGUAUUUAACUUGUAAAUAAAUCAGGGAACGAACAAAACAAUAGUGACACAGCGAAGAAGGAGCCAGCGUUAGCUUUAGCUUGUUUGCUAAAACACUACCCGACGUUCGCCGUUACUUCGGUUUCAUUUUUUGGACUAAAGCUCUGACACAAUGACAUCGAGGAAGAAAGUUCUGCUCAAAGUGAUCAUCCUCGGGGAUUCAGGAGUGGGAAAGACCUCUCUGAUGAACCAGUACGUGAACAAGAAGUUUAGCAAUCAGUACAAAGCUACAAUAGGAGCUGACUUCCUGACAAAAGAGGUGAUGGUGGACGAUCGGCUCGUCACAAUGCAGAUUUGGGACACAGCAGGUCAGGAGCGUUUCCAGUCUCUGGGCGUGGCAUUCUACCGCGGCGCGGACUGCUGCGUGCUCGUCUUCGACGUCACGGCACCGAACACCUUCAAGACGCUGGACAGCUGGAGGGACGAGUUUCUGAUCCAGGCCAGCCCUCGCGACCCCGAGAACUUCCCCUUCGUCGUGCUCGGCAACAAAAUUGACCUGGAGAACAGGCAGGUAACCACUAAGCGAGCACAAGCCUGGUGCCAGAGCAAGAAUAACAUCCCUUACUUUGAGACCAGCGCCAAGGAGGCCAUCAACGUAGAACAGGCUUUCCAGACCAUCGCACGCAACGCACUCAAACAGGAAACCGAGGUGGAGUUGUACAAUGAAUUCCCGGAGCCGAUCAAGCUGGACAAAAACGAGAGAGCCAAGCCAUCAGCAGAGAGCUGCAGCUGCUGAAGAUGUACAGGGGGCGCUACUGAUCACCCUCCACCCUCUCUGGCCUUGUUCCUUCUUUUCCCUCUUUACACAUCUGCCUCUCUCUCUUCUCUGUCUUUCCCUCUCUCUUUCCCCCCUUUCCUUCAAUGUAAUCACUGGCCUUCAUAGAGCAGGCAGGCUUCCUCUUCUAGAAUAUACCCUAUACAAAUUGCACUCACUCACUCUCUCACACACACACACACACACACACACACACACACCAGUGCUCAACGGGCUUUACAUUAAGCUCAAAGAGAUCAUUAUGAAGAAAGUGUUUUGGUGCACAAGUGUUUUCAGGCCCUCAAUAGUAGCUCUUUUAACUUUAAUCUCGUCACUAGUCCUAACACCCUUCUUCAGACUUCCUUCAGUUUUCACACACACACACAUUCUCUUUCUCUGUUCAUUCUGAAACUCGCAACACUUGAAUGCUUUCUGAGACUUUUUUUUAUACAUACACCACCACCAUGUUAACUGGAACCUGUAAGAUGUGAUGCAGAUUGAUGGGGCUGUGUAAUAUACCAAUGUAUUAAAGCUCGGUGUUGAUAUCAGGACUGUCUGCUCUCUCUGGUUCGACAGGAGGCUUGGCGUGUCGCCGCGCUCAUCUCCUACAAGCAUGCUCUCUUGCUUUAUUUGCUUUUCACUAAUUAAUAUGCAGCGUCUCUGUAAAGAGUCAUACCAACAAAUCUGGUGGUGUGGGGAUACGACUGAAGGUCGGACACUAAAAUCAGUAUCGUAGAUGUGACGUUAGAGUUGUAUAGCAUGUUGGGAUUUCUUUUUUGUUUAAAAUCCUCACCCCUCUUGCGAGCAGGACCGCUUUCUACUUAUUGCUAGUGACACGCUUUUUUUUUUUUUGGUUAAUGUUUUAAGUCUCAUGCCGCCUCAGAGUGGCAGAGGACCGGUUGGCAUCCCUUGGAUAUUUUACUAUCUGUUCAUUCUCUUAUGAUUUAUUAUUGUUUAUUAUUAUUACUACUACUAUUAUUAUUAUUAUUAUUAUUAUUAUUAUUAUUAUUAUUAUUAUUGAUGUUGUUAUUAUUAACUGACCUGAAUAGGUGGAUGAAAAAACCCACAGAACUGCAGAAUAGUGAGGACAUCUGAAGCAUUCAUCAUGACAUCUAAUGAAACAUUUAUUACAGCACAGCAUAUACAUCGUUUGAAAAUAAAUGUAUUUCAAAAGUAAUUGAAAAAAAAUAAUAAAAAAUAAAAAACCUUGUUGAAUAAA